GUGAACCCUUUUGACUUAAGCCUGAGAGUGUCAGAUCUCGCUCAGUGCGUCCCAUGAAUGCGACUCAGGCAAAAGACAGGCUAUAUAGCCAACUCGCAACUAGUCUGAAGAACAUGUCACGCGCUGUCGGGCAGACAGCAGAUCUCUUUGAACAACUUCAGACAGACUUGGACGCCAUGAGAGUUCUGGCUGGUACACAUGCUGCACAGUUCAUGACUGUUGCUGCGGAACUCAGCCCUGAGGCUGAUGGAGGAGCAAACGCAGAAGCAACUGUGGUAGGUAGCGCAUCACUGGAAAAUUUUGUUAUUGAGAAAACCCUAUAGUAAAUUAUCUUGCGACUUGAGGUCACUCGGGGAUCAGAGACAUCCAAAGACAUUUGAGUCCGUUGCAUGUAGACCAGUUACUCGAGCAUGUCAAUCUCAUACUGUCGAUGUCUAGCAAUGAUUUCAAUACCAGCCUUGCGAGGGGCA